UAUAGAUUACGAUGUAAAAGUCUUUGGAAAUGUAACCACAUUAUUGAAGGUUACCCAACUGAAUUUAAUGGUGAAACUAAAUCUUUUAGUUCGAUUAAAGUUAACAAUCCUGAACAAACCGAGAUCCGUAUUUGUGCUACAAAUGAAAUAGAAGUUGUAUUUGUUGUGUCAGAUUAUGCUGAUUUAGAAUUAGAAUCCU